UUGUGUGUGCUCGGACAUUGAGUUGCUAAAUUGACAGACCAUUUUUGGGGCCUCAACAUUUGUCAUUGUAGUUGGAUUGACACCCGCCCCUCUCAAAAAAUGGCCUUCCACUACGGCCAUUUCGUGGUUGUCUUGUCUUUUGGGGUACAUUUCGUGGUGUAUGGCAUGGCAUUUUCAGUCGGAGUGUGGAACACCGUAUUUUUGGAACAGUUAGGUCAAUCCCAUGCUUCGACUGCGAUUCUAGGCUCAUUGCUGAAUGCCAUGCUCUUUAUUAAUGGCUUUAUCUCGAGUUACCUUAUUGAUACAUUCGGAUGUCGCGUAUUAGUUAUUGCUGGCGGCAUAUUAACAGAGAUCGGACUUUUAUUCAGUACUAUGGCCACGAGUUUGCACUUUUUAAUGCUCUCAUUUUCCAUGAUGGUUGGAACGGGUAUUGGGAUUAGUUUUUUGCCCUCAAUCGUGAUUGUGGAACAAUACUUUCAACAGAAAGCCACAUUUCCCAUUGGGGUGGCAGCGUCGGGUCUUGGAGUUGGAACGAUCCUGUUUCCAUUUGUAACAGAGUGAGAAAUGCUUCUUUACGCAUGUGCAACCAUUCAAUUUUUGCUUGAACCACCUUGCAGGUUUUUCCUCUCAAUUUUGUCCUGGCGAUCUGCCUUGAUGGCUAACGCAUUGGUUUCCUCGAUCUUACUGAUUUGUGGACUUCUGAUGAAGGAUUUGGAUCUUCCAUCAAGUCGAUUGAGUUCCCAACCGUUAUGGAAUCAACUCAGACAAUUUUCUAGUACACAGAAAUUGGCCCUAGCCAUGUUUGGCUUCAAUAAUCUCUUUUAUUUAUCUGGCAUCUCCAUCGUCAUGAUGCACGUCGUUGCUUUUGUAGACAAAAAUGGCAUCAUAUCUCAGGACCACUAUCCCAUGAUCAUCAGCUUCAUUGGUCUAUGCAAUUUGCUGGGUAGAAUCGUUUUGGGCUUCAUCUGCCAAUGGAAAGCAUGCUCCAGUACUCUGGUCUACGUCUUCAGUAACGUGGUUUCAGGUCUAGCCAUUUUAUUAAUCGUGUUCAAAGUGCAAACCUGUGGUAAGUUCAGCCAACCCACACGGAACUCAGUCAAGCACGAUCUUUUUUUUUGGUUCCAAGUUUACCUUGGUUGCGCACUUUUUGGCUUCUUCUCAGGCUGCAUCGGUCCAAUGAUUCCAGACAUUUUAAUCCAGUUACUGGGUCGACGUUCACUGGCAUUGGGUUACGGGAUUCUUCUGCUUUUUGAAGCCACGGGUUCUUUCGGUGGUCCACUUCUCGCUGGCUACUUAGUGGAUAUUCAUCAAUCCUAUGAACGAUGCUUCUAUCUGGCUGGUGGCAGUCUCGCAUUAGCCGCUGUCUUUAUGCUCCUUCCGUGGGGCGUGAUCAAAUCCAUGGACCGAUACCAAAUCCCAGCUCAAAUCGUGAUCGAAGAAAUCUUGGACCCACGGCUCGACGAAGAACAUUCAUCUUGAUCAUUAAUUACUGUACCAAUAUAUCAAUCAAUCAAUA